AUGAAUUCCUCAUUUCACGUGCUUUUCUUGGAUCUCAACCUGAAUGCCACAGAAGGCAACUUUUCAGGACCAAAUGUCAAGAACAAAUCUUCCCCAUGUGAAGAGAUGGGCAUCGCUGUGGAAGUGUUUCUGACUCUGGGUCUCAUCAGCCUCUUGGAGAACAUCUUGGUCAUAGGUGCCAUAGUGAAGAACAAGAACUUGCACUCCCCCAUGUAUUUCUUUGUGUGCAGUUUAGCAGUAGCUGACAUGCUGGUGAGCAUGUCUAACACCUGGGAGACCAUUACCAUAUAUUUAAUAAAUAAUAAGCACCUGGUGAUAGCAGAUGCCUUUGUGCGUCACAUUGACAAUGUGUUUGACUCCAUGAUCUGCAUUUCUGUGGUGGCCUCCAUGUGCAGUUUGCUGGCCAUUGCAGUGGAUAGGUAUGUCACCAUCUUCUAUGCUCUGCGCUACCACCACAUCAUGACAGUGAAGCGUUCUGGGGUAAUUAUUGCGUGUAUCUGGACCUUUUGCACAGGCUGUGGCAUUGUUUUCAUCAUUUACUAUGAAUCCACUUAUGUCAUCAUUUGCCUCAUCUCCAUGUUCUUUACCAUGUUGUUCCUCAUGGCGUCUCUAUAUAUACACAUGUUCCUCCUGGCAAGGGCUCAUGUCAAGCGGAUAGCAGCUCUCCGUGGAUACAGCUCCGUGCGGCAAAUGACCAGCAUGAAAGGAGCUGUCACCCUGACCAUGCUGCUGGGCAUUUUUAUCGUGUGCUGGGCUCCGUUCUUUCUCCAUCUUAUUUUGAUGAUUUCUUGCCCCCAGAACCUCUACUGUUCUUGCUUUAUGUCUUACUUUAAUAUGUACCUUAUACUCAUCAUGUGUAAUUCUGUGAUUGAUCCUCUGAUAUAUGCCUUCCGCAGCCAGGAGAUGAGGAAGUCCUUUAAAGAGAUUAUUUGUUGCCAUACCUUCAGAAUACCCUGUAGGUUCCUUGGCAGGUAUUAA